AUGCGCUUCGCAGAGGAGCAGAAAGGGAACUUUGAAUGGCGCCACAACAUUUAAAAAUAACGCUAGAUAGACAGCUGGGGCCGUAUUGCUGCUGCAUGUCACUGCUGGUCGCCAAAUAUACACAUAGCAGGUUACAUUAAGAUGAUUUUCCCAGCAUUAACUAUAAAAUCCCUCCAGAUACUUUUUUUUCUAGAAAACCACAGGGUUGUAGUGUUUAUCUCGGGGGAGUAGCAACAACCUAACGAGCUAACGUUAGCGAGCUAACAAAUGUUGCUGUAAUGGUGUUUCUGAGAGAGGGUCUCUGUCCAGGACUGAGUGAAGAGCUGGUUCACGCUCUGCGGACCAAAGACAUUAGAACAGUAGAGGAUCUGAUUUCUUCAGACACUGAAGAAAUUGCCCAAAAAUGCUGUGUGUCCUACAAGGCCCUGGUCGCGGUGCGGCGCGUGCUCCUGGCCCAGCACGCGGCCUUCCCUGUGUCAGGAGCAGAUUUGUAUGAUGACCUGCUGAGUUCCACAGCCAUCCUGUCCACAGGCAAUGCCAGUUUGGACAAGCUUCUGGACUCGGGCCUGUAUACUGGAGAGCUGACAGAGCUGGCAGGAGCCCCUGGGAGUGGAAAAACGCAGGUGUGCUUAGGUGUGGCUGCAAAUUUGUCUUGUGAACUGAAGCAGAGCGUUCUGUAUAUUGACUCAUCAGGGGGCCUGUCUGCCACACGAUUGCUUCAGAUGGUAAAGGCCAAGACUAGCAACAUGGAGGAGCAGAUGGAGGUUCUUCAGAGAAUCCAGGUGUCUCAAGUGUUUGAUGUCUUCUCCUUACUCGAGUGUCUGCACAGUCUUAAAAGUGGUGGAUUUCAGCAGGCAUCUGCAGGGGGUGGCACCCCCAAAGUCAUCAUAGUAGACUCCAUCACGGCAGUUCUGUCUCAUAUCCUGGGAGGAAAACAAACAGAGGGUAUGUCACUAAUGAUGCAAGUUGCAGGAGAGCUGAGAACAAUUGCAAAAGACCUUAAUGUUGCUGUUUUGGUGACCAACCAUGUGACCAGAGACGGCAACGGGCUGCCUAAGCCUGGAUUGGGGCUAUCCUGGAGCCACGUCCCUCGAACCCGGAUUCUCCUGCAGCGUGUUGAGAAGUCUAGCUGCACACAGAGUGGGUUACGUACUGCAACCCUGAUAAAGUCCUCCCGGCAGCCAUGUUACCUCACCCAGGAGUUUGAUUUGAGUUCCUGGGGAGAGACCCUUGAUGAGCUUCCUGGAUCCUCAGGGAAGAGAAAGCUAGGAGAUGACGAUCUUUAAGUUUAAAUGGCAAUCAUGCUCACAUUCCUAAAGACUUAUACGACACUAUCAUAAAGUGGACAAAGGAAAUAUUUUUUUCCCCAGACUUUUUUCCCUCCAAAGUGUUUCUACAACACUGUUUUAAGCCUUAAUGUUUUUUAAGAGAACCUUUGGACAGUAUACAGACCAUCCGACGAUAAAAUUCUGUAAUCAUGUGUAUAUAUUACCAAAAUUUGAUGCUCCUUUAAUAAAGUACCUUCGUAUGUCGUCGUUAUAAGGCU